GGAGGAGGAGGAGGGAUGGGACGCGGCUGAUGCUGAUGCGAGAGCUCGUACGUGACAGUGGUCGACAUCUGAAAACGGUGCAACUUUUCCCCUCCGAUUUAAUUCGUUUUUCGCCAUGAAGUAGACAUGACUGUUUUUCUGCUCGGCGUUUUUUUUGGAGGAGGAAUCAUCGUCACGGCGUUCGGCUGGCCUUCUUGAGGGACCGACACAGGUGGAUUCCCGCUUGCCGCAAAACGACAAAUGUAGAUAUCACCUUGGACUAGCAAAUACGUGACAACAUCCUCAGCUACACCGUCUAUCAAGUGACAUCCACGCCGGCCUUUAGGUGAUACCAGCAAGGACUUAGAAGGCGGACGGACUGUUUGGCCUGUUAGCGAGCUAAUGGGCUAAUUUGGCUAGCUAGCUAGACAUUUAGCCAAUGGGAAGGGGAGCGGUGGGAUGCUGGAAGGAGGAGUUUGAAGGCUAGUUGCGGGAAUACGUUCCUUUCAGCAUACGCGUUUUGCUAGCAGAUAAACGCCAAAUGGAGAGCAUUAUUACAAUUUUAGGUCGUCGUUGUUGGGUUCGUUUCCCAUUAACUGGUUCUUCUUAUUGAUGUAUACUAAUUAGCUUGGUAAUGAUACACGACGAUGAAUCGGCUAAAUACGCUAAUGUUUACAAACAGUUGUAUCUUCAUUUGUAUUUCGUCCUUCUUGUAAGCUUUCUGGCUAGAUGUUAAAGUAUGUUUGGGCUGAAUGAUUUUCGGACAACCAGGUGUAGACCUACCAUCCCUGAAGUGCACCGAGUAAGUCCAAAUAUUUAAGUAUGGCUUAAAAACGGAUUAGCUAAUACGUUUCAUCGAUAUGGUUGCCAGACAGUUAGGUUAAAAAUGUUCAACAGUGCGUGAAAAGCGGCAUUGUACAUUUUCUCGUUGACGUGCAUUGAGAAACAAACUAGCAUUUAUCACCUGUAAUAUACACAUACAUCAUUUAAAAUAUGGCAGUUAGGUUGCAAGGCUGGAUUUUGGAGAACACGGUGAGAUAAAGUAGCCAAACAGAAAUGGAACCUACAGUAGUGUCUAGCCCUUUGGGGCAUGCACAGCAAGCAUUUCCUCUUGGAUUUCUCACCCUGGAUUCAGACAAUGGAGGUGUCCUUUGUCCAAACAACACUGGUCAGACAGGUUUGCAUUUUGGAGACCAGAAGCAGACAGUCCAACCAAGCAACAUGGAAAAAACCUCUCAGCCGGGCAAGCCGGUAGAGUUGGAUCAACUUUUAUACAUUUCCGAUUAUUCCUGUGGAGAUUUGUUUUUUGACGGACGUCGUUCUCCUGAUUCACAAGUUCCUCCACACAGAGGAGAGACAAUGUCUCGCUCGGAAAGAAACAAGGAACCUGAUGAAGCCAGUGACUUCAUGCUCUCGUGGCUGUUUUCUCCCAACCUCACUGAUGUGGUUGGGAAAAACUUUGCAUUCGAGGAGGCCUCUCUCGGGGGUAGCGAUGUCCUCAGUGAACAGACUGACAGUUCGCAACUGAAAUGGAAUUGUGCUAUAAACCCAGGAGAGUCACUUAUUUACCUAGAUCUCCCAGAUGAUCCGGCUUGUGCCACUUCAGAAUCUUCAGGUGUGUCACAUGAUGUCAAUGAAGCACCGGCACAGAAGGAGAGCAGGGAGACUUUGUCAUGUGAAACUGAAGACAAAGGUUUAUUCCCAGAUCAAGUGACAUCUCUGCCAGUAAACAGUAGCUCAACGCUGCAAGAGCUACCUGACGGCAGCACACCACUGACGUGUCCUCAAGGGUCUGUGCCUUUGAUGGAUUUAGAGUAUCCAGAUCCUGACAGUGGUCUUACACUUCACCCUGCUGGUCCACAACAGUUGGAUCUAUCAGAGGAUUCCCACGUGGAACAUGCAGGACUAUUCAGGACUUUAGGGCAACGAGGUGAGGGUGACUCAUCUUAUGUGAUUUCGUCACCUGAGGAUGCCUUCAUCCACGGUGACCUCAGGAGCUUGUCUGUGGAGAGUACGCCAAAAGAUUCGAUAGAAAACAAAAUAAAAAAUGAAGCAAAUGAGGCAAUGGCAUUGGAUCUGUGCUUAAGCCCCGAUGAGGUGUCUUGGAACUUGGAGCCAAAGGAGGAAGUACACAAUGACACCGCUCCCAAUUUGGGACACAGGGAAGGGCAGCUCCAGGAGUUGGAAACGUCUACUGAGGAGACUAAAUGGACUAGUGAGCAAAGUGUGGACACUGUUUCCCUAUCUAAGAUGGUGGGACAUGACUCACUGCCAGUGGUUUCAGCUGUGAACACGAGGGAGGAAGAAGCCUCGCCACUUAAAACUGUAUUUGAUGCUUUAGACCAGGAUGGAGAUGGCUUCGUUCGCAUUGAGGAGUUUAUGGAGUUUGCUGCCGCCUAUGGAGCUGAUCAGGUAAAAGAUCUGACCAGGUUUCUGGAUCCCAGCGGCCUGGGAGUAAUCAGCUUUGAAGACUUCCACAGAGGAAUUUCAGCGAUCAGCAAUGGAGGCCCAGAGCCACAGCUGUACAGUGCAAACUACAGUCCAGAGGACGGAGCUGUGGGCUGUCCUGAAGAAUAUGAUGAGCAAAAUGAGGUGACGGACAGUGCGUACCUGGGUUCAGAGAGCACCUACAGUGAAUGUGAGACUUUCACAGAUGAGGACACCGGUGCCCUCGUGCCCCCUGAAAUGCAUGAGGAUGUGGACACAGACAGUGGUAUUGAGGCGGCUCUUCACGACCCCGAAGAUGCCAUGAACAGUUUCUCCCUCAAUUCUGAACUGCACAACCCCUCCCUGGUGACCGUCAUCAGUGGCGAGGAGGAGCACUUUGAAGAUUUUGGGGAGAGCAAUACUUCAGAGCUGCUGCUGGAGAGCACUGAGGAAGGUGUGGCCAACUCGCCUCUGGCACAGACACCUCAGCAGAUCAAUGUCUCCUCUCUGCUCUCUCCCAGCGCACCUGCUCCUCUCCCUGACUGCUUCCAGAGCUUCCUCAGGGAGGAGGCGCUGGACUUUUUCUGUAGCCAGUGUCACAAACAAAUAAGUCGCCUCGAGGACCUCUCCACUCGCCUCAAUUUCCUAGAGAUGACUAGUGCUGGCAAGAGGCUGUCCAGCAAGAAGGUGGCAAGACAUCUUCUGCAGAACAGCUCAAUAACACUGGACACAGUGAGCGACUUGACACGCGACAUCCUGGAGCUGGCCGAUAAUGACAUCACAGAUAAGAUGCUGCUGCUCGAGCGGCGCGUGGCCGAGCUGGAGAAGGAGUCCGAAGCUUCAGGAGAGCAGCACGCUCGCCUGCGGCAGGAGAAUCUUCAGUUGGUGCACCGCGCCAAUGCCUUGGAGGAGCAGCUGAAGGAGCAGGAGCUUCUCGCGGAUGAGCAGCUGCAGCAUGAAACGCGCCGUCACAAGGAAGCACUGAGCAAGAUGGAGAGAGAGAGAGGGAUGGAGGUGGAGAACUUGCAGGCCAGAAUGCAGCAACUAGAUGAGGAGAACAGCGAGCUGAGGUCCUGUGUUCCUUGUCUACGAGCCAACAUUGAGAGGUUAGAGGAGGAGAAACAGAGGCUUGAAGACGAGACAGAUGUGAUGAGCGACAGGUGGAAGGAAGAGAUGGAGUCCCGCCAGAAGAUGGCUGACAAACUGAGCUAUGAGCGCCAUCAGAACCAGAAAGAGAAGGAGAGCACACAGGAGCUGAUUGAGGACCUGCGCAAACAGCUUGAGCACUUGCAGUUGUACAAGCUGGAGGCCGAAGCAAAAAGGGGACGCACACCCGGCGCUGGACUGCAGGAGUACCAGACCCGCACCCGUGAAGCAGAACUGGAGCAAGAGAUCAAACGACUCAAACAGGACAACCGCAGCCUAAAGGAGCAGAAUGACGAGCUGAACGGCCAGAUCAUCAACCUGAGCAUCCAGGGAGCAAAGAACCUCAUGUCGGCCUCAUUUUCAGACUCUUUGGCAGCUGAAAUUAACUCUGUGUCCCGCUCUGAGUUGAUGGAGGCCAUCCACAAACAGGAGGAGAUUAACUACAGGCUACAGGACUACAUUGACAAAAUAAUCGUGGCCAUCAUGGAGUCCAACCCUUCCAUUCUUGAAGUCAAAUAGACACCACAGUAACAUCUUUAGGUUAGAAAACAACAAUAACCCCCCUGAAAAAUAGAUUUUGUGUGUGUGUGUGUGUGUGUGUGUGUGUGUGUGUAAUGUGCUUCAGGUUCUGGUGACUUCCAUGUUAUUGGCCAGAGGAACCCGAGCCUGCACUGCUGGAUGAAUGUGUGAAACUUAAUCACCCCAUUUCCCACCCUUGAGGUGUCACUCAAAGUGAAGGAUUAGGCAAUUCUAUACCUUGAAGGCCUUAAAAUCAGAGGUGAUCACAUGUCUCCUGCAUACCGCACUUGCCUCACUUGCAACUGGAAUUGUCAAGCAGGAUGCUGACUCGUGUUGAAGAAGCUAUAUGAAGCACUGGUCAGUUUAUUUCUAGUCAACCCAAGUGAGGGACAUUUCUUGGGGUUGAGGAGGAAAAAUGCCCUGAGGGUUGUGUUUUGUAUGUGACGUGACCUGUUUUUUGCAAGCUUCUGUUCUAAAUGGUGGAACUGUGUGGUCUAUAAAUUUUUUCAUCUCAUUAUUAUUAUUUUACAAUGAAACAGAGUCUUGGAGCUCGGGGGGGGCUACAGCCUGACUCCAGUGUUCUCUUGCUGAGUGAAAGAAAGUGUUUUUUGUGUGUUUCUUUGCUGCACAAGUGAAACUGUUAAGACUGAAAAUAUGUUUAACUGGUUAUAUGUGAAGAAUAUUAUGGUUGCACUAUUUUUUUUCUUAAAGGGAUCAAAUUGUAAAUGAAGCUGAAGAUAAAUAUAAGUUGUGGGAUUUAACACACGCUCAGGUGUGGGCUCAUGCGACGACCAACCUAUGAGGCAAUCAUAUAUGUGGAAAUAACACUUUAGCACGUAGUGGGAUAGCCAUGUAAUAAGACUUGCAUGGACCUUUUAUUUCUUCAAGCAUCAUCUGCUUUUUCCCCCCCACGUGACGCACAAAACUACACUGAUGCUCCACUCUUCAAGGACAAAUGGACAAUGGACCUUAAGAAAUGGACACUGAUGGUGUAAGAGUCCAGCUUUGCUUUCUGCACAAAACGUUCCUUCACCUGCCACUCCAUGGAAUAUGGCCUUGGAUGUAAAUUACUUGUAAAGUUUUUUCUACACUCAUUCUAGAUUCUAGGUAUUUUUUUAGUAUUGAGGGGAACAACAACAAUUUCUCAUCUUGAGGUGAGAGAAAUGACGAGGCUGCCUAUAUUCUUCUCUAGCAUGUAGCGUGUACAGCACCAUUGUUUUGAUUACACACAUAUUUAUUCAGCGUCCGAUACAAAGAUGACACUUUGUUUUGAUGCGAUUAUUUAAUUUACAAAUGUGUUUGGGGAGAGAAAUGUGCAUCAUUUCAAAGGCUCAAUAGCAGUUUGUCAGUGGAGGUCGCUGCAUUCUUCUGUAUAUCGCUGUGACCACUCGAGGGUCCUUAUUAUAGAGCUUAUAGAGUCGUCUUCCUGUUUGGAGUCAGGUACUGCAUGGAAACACUGAUUUUCAUUGUACAGUUCAGUCUACUGAGUGAUUAUACCCUCUUAGAACACUUGUUUUCUUGUUUUUGCUGCAAUUGAAGCGUUUCCCCACUUAAUUUUUGACAGUACAAAAUCAUUCAAGCUUAACAAAUCCGACAAUUCAUUCUCUUUGUCAUCUAAUUGCGUGACGAUUGGAGUACUAAUAGGAUAGAUGGUCCGAAUGACAACAUUCCCUUUUAGUCGAGCUGAUUGCACUUUAACAGGUUCCUUCAAAAUCCUGGUUUCACAAUGGCCAAAGAUGUGGUAAUUUAUCCCAAUUAUUCAUCACACUCACUUCACUGUCCUGUAAUGAAGCAAAACAAAUAGUCUAAAACACUGCCUGUGCUCCAACCAAACCUAAUAGUGAGCCCUGCGGGUGUGGGGGGGAAGCACUGCCCACCCCACAGCCACGUUUUUGUUUAAAUGAUCAAUAAUGAAAAUGUAAAUAUUAAUCUUUUUUUUCUUUUUUUCCCCCCCUCCUUCUUCUACAUAUCACUUCCAAUGUCCAAAGAAAAGUUCCAGGCGACACUCACUACUUGUGUAGUGCAUGACUUGCCAUUCAUUGUGUGACAUGGGAAGAUGAAAUAUAGAAAGAUGAAAUAGUCAUAUUUUCAAAAAUAAAUGUAUAAAUUAUAUAACCGUAUUGGUUAAAGCUGUAUAUUAUUUUUUGGGAAUAUCCCCCAGUUGUUAUCAGGAAAUGGGGAAUAUAAUUUUGGUCAUUGUAAAAAGAGAAAUUAUAAAAGUAAGCAGUGAGUGUACGAGUAGGAAAAUAAAAGGAAUAAAAUGA